AUGAGAAUCUGCAGCCUCACCCUGCUCUCUGUCCUCUUUCUGGCUGCUCACAGGGUCUCAGCAAAGAUAAAAAAUGAAGUAAGGAGUGGACAGAAUGAUGAACCAGAUAGGAAUUCAUCAAUUCCUCUGGGCAAGCCCCCAAUGAAACAGAGAAGCCGAACAUCCAAGUCUGCAACCUGUGGCAAGUUUAUUGCUAAAAACCAAGCUGCCUGCAAAUGGACUGUGGCCGAACAGGUGCCAGGUGUCACCCUACAGGUUGACUGCACUCAGAUAGAACACAACUUUUCUUGUGUUUUUUCUGGCAAACCUGCCACGUGCUUGCAGCUCCAUAGCCAGCUCUAUUGGAAACAGGUGGCUCGGGCACUGCGCAAACAAAAACAACUCUGUGAGGACUCCAGGAGUGUCCUGAAGACUAAGGUGUGUAGAAAGCAGUUUCCUGAAUCGAAUCUCAAGCUGGUGAACUCCACUCUGACUGGGAACAUGAAGUCCAGGAAGGAGACCAGGGAGCGUUCCCACCAGGAGCGGGUAGAGGUCAAAGGGACUGCCUCCACGGAGCCCAGCAAAGCCACAGAGGACAGCCACCCCAGCUCAACAGUGACUCAGCCCACUCCCACCAAAGGCCUGGAGUGUGCGGAGGACCCAGACAUGGUCAACCAGAAGAAGGUGGCCCUGCAGUUGUGUGGGGAGGCCUGGAGCUCCCUCUGCACAUUCUUACUCUACAUGAUACAGGACAAGUCCUGCUGA